AUGCUGCGAGACGCCGGCCUGGGAAAGCUGCGGCAGCAACACCGCGUUGUGGAGGACCUACGCACGCCACCGCCACGGCGAGAGGCGCCAGCGCCACCGCCGCUGUCGCCUGACUCGUCGCCUGCCGCUGUUGUUGCUGCCGUUGUUUCGUAUCCGCCCUCCUCACCGCUAAGACAACGUGUUGACGCGUUCGAAUCCGGUCCGUGUGACUUCCGGCAGGCGUCGAAUAUGGGUAGACACGCCUCCAAUAUGAACAGCAAAGGCAAAAAUUCUCACCACUCAUACGACGAUGAGACGCUGUGGCGGCGCGAGCUGCUUCAAAGGGAGCGAGAGCUUGAAGAACGCGAAGAGGAGUUCAACGCACUUGUGCGCCUGCAGCACGCGGCGUACACCGAGCGGUUACAGGAAAUAUCGCGCAAGGAGAAGACCCUCCUGGAGUGGGAGCAGCGUCUACGAGGUGCGGACGGGGUCGCGCGAGGAGGCGGUGACAACGCCGAUUGCUGUGGAAGAGUUGCGGGCGGCACCGAUGUGCGGACCUCACGCCGAGUUGAGCCACCGGAGGCUCCGUGGGGGAUGUGA